UGCAGGGGGCGACGGCGACGUGGUCGGAGUGGUCGGAGUGGACUCACCUUCCGCUUCAACGUUGACCGUGAAGACUUCCCUUAUUCCCGGAGCUGGCCUCCAUUUUACCCGAUUUCCUGCCUUGAAGGCACGCUAUUCCAAUAAUGAUACAGCAACACACUUCUCUUGAUGGUCCUAAUGUUCUACUAGAAAUGCCGUAUACGGCUAAGGAGAUUCACGGAAUAUCCGCCCUUAUCAUUGUCUCCUGCAUUUCGCUCGUUGCGGUAGUUGGCCUAUUGGCUGUUAUCGCGAUCUCGGCAUUUAGCACCAGGUCAUCUCUGGAUGAACAUUUGUUUGUUAGGACACACAUAGCGGCGUAUUUCAUCUGCUUGCUAGUGUCUGAUCUGAUUCAGGCUAUUGCUUCCAUUCUGAAUGCUGCCUGGGUACAGUCUUCGGGCGUUCAUGUUGGACCGCUUUGCACCAUUCAAGGAGCGCUGAAGCAAAUAGCUGACGUUUCAACAGCAUUCUGGACGCUAACUAUCGCAGUUCAAACAUUUUUCCUUCUGGUUCUCGACCUGCACUUGAGACAAUUCAUCUUGUGGAUGACCCUUGUUGCAGGCUGGUCUGGCAUUUUGACCUUAGUGCUUGCUGGUCCUGCUACCCUGAACGUUCACGAGAGAGGGCCAUAUUAUGGAAUAACAGGCUAUUGGUGCUGGAUCACAGAUGCAUAUCCUUCAGAACGAAUCACACUGGAUUAUAUAUUUAUGUUCAUAGCUGCCUUGGGGAGCCUCUUAAUAUACACGUUCAUCUUUCUCCGACUGCGUGGACACAUUGAAAUGGACGGAUGGACACCAAACCGCUUUCGGCUUCGUCCCGUCAAGAGGGUAGGAGAUUGGCGAACGACGGAUUCAGAUAAUGAGGCUACCAAGAUAGCCAAACGAAUGGUUUUAUAUCCAAUCGCGUAUAUAAUUAUGGUUCUCCCCAUAACGGUAACGAGGUUCAUGGCCUUCGCCGGGCAAACCGUUACGCUUGAAGCGACGAUCUUUAGUGCUACCCUGUUUCUAUUAUCGGGAACCGUUAACGUAGUCCUUUUUGCAACGACCCGGCGCAUUUUACCCGUUCCGUCUAUGAAAAAGAAGAAUUUCACUAUCUCACUGCCCCGAGUUCUGCAGCCAAGCACGAGAGGUGUUUCCGAUCCAGAUCCUUAUUACACGGAGUCAGAAAGCGCAUACCAUAGGACACCCCCUGCGUCCCCAGGUCCUUCUUCUUACGUUCCGCCGCCUGUUUCGCCGCUGCGAAUUCAUCGAAGGAAGACACCGACAUCGCCAUACGCAGUCACCCAGAUGCCCAUUCCUGAGCCUGCAUCUGUAGAACAAGACGUGUCUUCUUCGCUACCACGAUCUCAUCCUCCUGAUUUACACGUUCCGCAACGGAAUGGUAUUGAAAGCAUGUACAGCUACUACGAUGAAGACGACGUCCUCAAUAAUUACGACGACGUGAGUCUAAACUCCGGCGACACCCCAGCAGUAGAACCCCUGGAACCCAGCUCGGAGAGCGAAUACUCAGCACAGAGCCGAUGAUUCUCGUACCCUCUAUGUAUCUUAGUCGUCCAUGCCCACUAUACGUUAAUGUUCCACCCAUUUCACGUCAAUGUU